AUGGCUAGGACAAUGUACCGGCACGCUCAAGUGGUCCUUACUGCGGCACUGUCAGUUGGCGUGCUUUCCUCUUCAAUUUCUCGCCACGAUGGAGGCCACCUGGGAUAUCGACAGACGGACAACCUCCCUGCCAUCUACCAGAAUGCCUCGUAUCCUGUUGACGAGCGAGUCGAGGACCUUCUCCAGCGAAUGACUCUCGAGGAGAAGGCUGGUCAAUUGUUUCACACCCAACUGAACAUGCCUGCCAACUACAGCUUCGUUCAAGGCAGCGCAUCCGACGUUCUCAUCAGCAAGAACUUGAUAUCGCAUUUCAACCUAGUCGGUAAUAUCCUGGAUGCCGGAAAGGUCGCUGAGUACGUCAAUGAAGCUCAGCGGCGAGCUGUUGGUGGGCGCCUUGGGAUACCCAUCACGUUAUCCUCGGACCCACGACACUCCUUCACGGACAACAUCGGAACGGGGUUCGAAGCAGGCACCUUCUCGCAGUGGCCCGAGAGUCUGGGUCUUGCUGCCAUCCGGGACGCGGAACUGGUCAGGAAAUUCGCCGAGACAGCACGUGAAGAGUACUUGGCUGUGGGUCUGCGAUCAGCCCUACAUCCCCAGGUUGACUUGUCGACGGAACCACGGUGGGCACGGAUCGGCGGAACCUGGGGAGAGGAUGCAGAACUGACCAGUGAGCUUCUUGUGGCGUACAUCGAGGGCUUUCAGGGCGAAGAGUUUGGCUCGCGCUCUGUGACCACGGUCACAAAGCAUUUCCCUGGUGGCGGCCCCAUGGAGAAUGGUGAGGAUUCUCAUUUCACAUACGGGAAGAAUCAGACAUAUCCAGCAGACAACUUCGACCACCACCUCAUACCGUUUAAAGCCGCAAUUGGUGUCGGUGCCAGGCAGAUGAUGCCUUACUACUCGAGACCUAUUGGCACUCAGUAUGACCCCGUUGGCUUUUCCUUCAACCGCCAGAUUGUAACAGACCUGCUCCGGGAGGAGCUCGGGUUCCAAGGCAUUGUUGUCACAGACUGGGGACUAAUCACCGACACCAACAUCCUGGGACAGGACAUGCCUGCACGAGCGUGGGGUCUAGAGAACACCACCGAGAUCGAACGCGUCGUCAGGAUCCUAGACGCCGGAUGCGACCAAUUCGGCGGAGAGAGCCGGACAGAGCUGAUUAUACAAGCUGUCGAGGAAGGCCUAGUCCUAGAGGAACGCCUUGAUACCUCUGUUCGUCGGCUUCUCCGGGAAAAGUUUGUUCUUGGCCUCUUCGAGAACCCUUAUGUCGACCCUGAGGCAGCCCAACGCAUUGUCGGAAAUGCGGACUUUGUGAAACUUGGGAACGACGCGCAGCGCCGAGCCUACACUCUUCUCACGAACCGAGACAAUAUCCUCCCCAUCCAGAACGCCACUCAAGCCAGCUUUUAUGUCGAGGGCUUCAACUCAACAUACUUGAAGGCCAGAAACCUAACCGUCGUGUCAACUCCCGAAGAAGCCGACUAUGCCCUGUUGAGGUACAACGCUCCGUUUGAACCGCGGCCGGGAGGUUUCGAGGCUAGGUAUCACGCAGGCUCCCUCGCGUUCAACUCGACGGAGCAGCAACGGCAAGCAGCUAUCUACUCCACUGUACCCAGCAUUGUGGAUGUGAAGCUCGACCGUCCAGCUGUAAUUCCCGAGAUCGCAGAGCAAGCAGCCGCACUAUUUGGGAGUUACGGCAGUGGCCCGGAAUCAUUUCUGGACGUAGUAUUUGGCAAGAGCCAACCGGAGGGUAAGCUUCCAUUCGACCUACCUAGGUCCAUGGAGGCAGUUGAGGCGAAUUUUGAAGAUGUUCCCUUUGACACGAAAGAUCCGGUCUUCAAAUUCGGAGACGGACUUCGUUAUUAA